UUUAUUAUUCUUCUUUUUAACUUGUCUUUUUCUUGGAAGAUCGAUCAAUCAAAAGCAGGAAUCUUUAGUUUAUCAAGAAGUAACUUAGAAGAAGAGAAAAAUGGAGAUAUCAACAACAUCCCAGUUGUGCUCACGGGUUAAGUUCUCAAUCUCUUCAUCAUCACUCUCCUGCUUAAAUGGUAAGAGGAACCAAGACGGAGCUGUUUCAGUCAAUUGUUUGAAAGAGAUCAAACAGUUCAGUAACAUUAGCUUCAUUGCCAAGAAGAAACACAGAAGCCAUGCACCGGUGGUGAGGACAACAACAACACGCGCCUCCGCCUCCGUGGAUGGGAGUCAACCCCCAGCUUCUGCCACCAAAAGAGAACGGUGGCUUCUCCAACCAGUUGGAGAUGGAGACACAAGACACAUUGGUUACAAAGUGGAAAUGCCUGCUCCUUUCGAGAUCUCUUCCGGUCAAGUUACCAUCGGACGGCUACCUGAAAAGGCUGACGUUGUGAUUCCUGUGGCCACCGUCUCGGGAGUACAUGCGACAAUUGAUACACAAAGAGACAACCUUCUUGUAACGGAUAUGAACAGUACAAAUGGUACAUUCAUCGAAGACAAACGUCUGAUCCCUGGUGUUGCUGCUCCUGCCUUUCCCGGAACCCGAAUCACCUUUGGAGAUACGAAUCUAGCAAUUUUCCGUGUUUUCAAGCUCCAAGAUAGUCAAGAAGAAGAAGAACCCACCGAGAAACCAGCCACAGAGUAACCAACCAAACCCCAAACCUGUUCGGUUGUUCUACAACCAUUGUUGAGCUUAUAUAACUCUAUGUAAAGUGUAAACAAUAUUUCUAUAAUAUUUCAAACAAAAUAAAUUAAAUUGGUAGAUACAUCA